GUAAAAAACACUUCGACUACCUGUUGUAAGUUAGUUCCCUUGGCUGAUGAUCAAACCAGGUAAACUCGCGACAUCACACCUGUAAAUUGGACAGGUGAAGCAACAACGACACAACUGGAAUUGUACAAAAUAUAAUAGUUACCACACAUUAAGGUUUCUGCUUUGAAUGAAUUGCCAUCAUGAGGGGUAUGAUAAAAUACUGGCCACAAAAUACCCGUCUUUUUAUCCUUUCUAAUCUGAUGUUGGUUACCAUGGUCCUGUGUUUAACAGCUCUUUUUUUGCCUUAUUGGUUUGUCGUUGACUUCCACUAUACAAAAUCCAAUGAGCCAAUAAAAGUUUAUAUGUCAACUAAAAAACCCACAACAGUCGUUACUUCAACACAGACAACUGCAAAUGUCUCUGCCCCAGCGACUGGCAGAAGGAAACGAUCAGUAGACUGGAACUGGCUACAUGCUCUUUUGCCAACCCAAAUACAGCUGCGCUACAAACGUCAGCUUACUAAACUUGGUCAGACCUUUAACAAUUUGUAUGUUCCCGAAGUAAAUGUUGGCCUAUUUUACAUGGAAUACCCAUAUGCUGAUUUCAAGACCUUAACUGAGUUGAAGUACAAGCUGAUAUCUCUUAUACAUCUUGAGAACACUGCUCCAGUUUUAGUGGUUCCCAAAACUUUGUAUGUUGGCCAAGUCUUGUAUUCCAUUGGUAUGUUUGCUUUAACCAUGUGUACAGUUGGAAUAUUCAUAUUGGCAUGCCAAAAAUAUAGCUCCGUUACUGGUGAGAUUGCAUCUGCAGGCUUUGUGACAUUUUCAGCUCUUGCAUUAAUUUUUGGUGUGGCAUUUUCUGGAAUCCACACUGAAGGAGACAUCUGGGAUGAUUUUCCUGUUAUGAAUAGAGUCAUUCUUAACACUGCUCCGUAUGUCACUUUAAACUGGGGUUAUUAUUUUGCCUUAUGUGGUCCUUUACUGUGCAUCUUCUGUUGUGUUCUCUUGUGGACACAAGCUUGUUCAACUUGUAUGAUAGUGGAAGAAAUUCGUAGGAAGCAGAUUGCUGAAAUCCGAUCCUCAGUCCCUUAUAGACCGUUGGAACCCAGCAGAACAGGACAUAUUAAUACUGGAAUGAGGCGUGACCCUGCACCUUGGCCUAAAAAGAUUGUUGAAUCUGAUAAUGAAUUUGCAAUGUAAACCCCUUUUUAAUUACACGUUUUCUUAUAUUCAUAAAAAAAAAAAUGUAUCUUAGUUUUUAUAUUUUCCCCCCCCUUUCAGUUUCACUGUAUUAACCCUUCAUAGUAAAAGUACUUCCAUUACAUUACUUUUCUAAUUUUGUUGAGGUGCUUUUAAUAGGAAUGUACAUGGAUAUUUUCUAUUCUCCCAUAUUAAACUAUUCAUUUGUCCUACAAUAUUUAUCAAGUUUUUCUCUCGACUUCCAUUUAAGCUUGGUACACAGAUUUACUAAUGAUUAUUCCUCUUCAAGUUGUCAUAAAUUCAUUAUUAUGCUAAUUUAUAAACUAUUAUUACAGAAAAUUGAAGAAAUAUACUUCAGAUUUGUAAUAAAUUUUCAAUAUCCAAAGCUCAUUUAAUUCAUAACAUAUUCCAACUUAUUGCUUUGUUUAGAUGCAAACUUUAAAGAUGAUUUAUUUCAAUGAAUUUUUACAAACUAAUUACUGUCCAUUUCACUCGUUAACAGAUUGCUAAAUUUUUAUCAAUUUUUGUGACAAUGUAACUAAAAUUGGAAUUGUUUAUAUACAUUUAGUAUUUUAAAGUGAUUUUUAAGGUGGCCAGCUGGUAGAAUUGUUAGCAUACUUAGCAGCAUUUUGUCUAUCUUUAUAUUCUGAGUAUUUUAUCCUUUCAAGGGUCGAGAAAAUAAAUAUCAGUCGAGCACUGGGGUCAAAAUAAUUGACUUAUCCCCUGCCCUGAAAUUGUUGGCUUUGUGCCAAUUUUUAAACCAAUAUUUUCAAGUGUUUUCUAUCAUUUUCCAUCCAUGUCAUUUAUUUUAUACAAGUAAUUUUAUUAUGUAAAUAAAAUAAGCUCUAAACAGAAGCUCUGCAAUAUAUGUAACGCUAGUAGACUUCUAUAAAAGGAUUUAUAUACCAAAUUGCUAUUUUGUAUUAAACUUUAAAACGAUU